CAGAAAUUCGGAUACCCGGGAUUCGUGCGACUGGACAGAAGCAGCAGCAGGUUCUGCAACAGCAUGGAUAAUGCCACAACUAAUAAUACUACUACUUGUAUUAGCAAUGGUAAUAGUAGUGAUAACAACAACAAGGACACUCAUCGUCAUCAUCCUCCUUCUACCAACAAUAAUAAUAAUAAUGAUAAUGAUAAUAAUGCUAUUCAUCGGGCUCAUCCUUCUGCCGAGAUGAAACGUGGCAACCAGACAUUCCGCGUCGUCGACGAGAACUGCUGGGACUCGGGCGCCCGUCUCAGGGACAUGGACGCCACCGGCGUCACUCUCCAGGCCCUGUCCACUGUGCCGGUCAUGUUCAACUACUGGGCAAAACCAGAAGACACCAUGGAAACAAGCAAGUUCCUCAACGACGACAUUGCAGUCCGGAUUGCGCAGCACCCUGACCGGUUUGUCGGGUUGGCAACCCUGCCUUUGCAGGCCCCGCUUUUGGCAGUGGAAGAGCUCAAGAGAGUCGCAGUGGACCUGAAAUUCUCUGGCAUUCAAAUCGGAUCCCACGUCAACCAGUGGAACCUGGAUGAACCUGCAUUGCAUCCAGUUUACAAGACUGCCGAAGACUUGGGCCUUGCAAUUUUUGUGCACCCCUGGGACAUGGACACUGCUGGUGGCAGAUUGGUCAAGUAUUGGAUGCCAUGGUUGGUGGGAAUGCCGAGUGAGACAGCAGCCGCAAUUUGCAGCAUCCUCAUGGGCAACAUCCUGGACUUGUUCCCCAGACUCAAGUUCUGCUUUGCUCACGGAGGCGGAGCCUUUCCCUUCACCGUCGGCCGCAUAACGCACGGACACCAAGUUCGGCCCGACUUGUGCGCAACCAACUGCAAGGUGUCACCCCAAGAUUACCUUGGACGAUUCUACACCGACUCCCUGGUGCACGAUGCCAAGGCCUUGGAUUACCUAAUCUCUGUCAUUGGCGAGGACAAGGUGAUACUUGGAAGCGAUUACCCCUUCCCAUUGGGCGAGAGUCACCCAGGCCAGCUGACUGAAGAAGCCAAGUUACUCGGCUCGGACUUGAAGGAAAGGAUCUUGUGGCGGAACGCCGUCGAGUUCCUCGGACUGGAUCGGGUUGUGCAGCAGCAACAACAACAAGCCAGGCUUGCCAGCGCCUGAUAUAUUAGACUGAC